AUGUGUGGCCUCGCAUUUUGGCUUCGCUUCCAUUCGCCGCAGCAGUGGAAGGACUGCGCGGAUGUUUUUCCGGAGGCUCUCGUGGAGGCAGAGGCCUUCACCGCAGCUGCAGAGGCCUUGCCGCGGCGCGGGCCAGAUGCAGAAGGCGAGCAGGUGGUGGAUCUGCCAAAUGCAGAGUUGCACCUCCAUGCCUGCGUCCUGCACCUCCGAGGUGACUCGGUGGUGUCGCAGCCAUGCCCCGUGGCCUCCGAGGAGGAGGUUGGGCGGCUGCUCUUCAAUGGCGAGGCCUACGAAGUCCUCACCCCCAUAUCUCCAGGCCAAAGCCAUCGCCAGGAGCUGGAAGGGGAGGAGUUCGGCACGGCCAUCAACCUGUACAGGUUGAGGCUUCCGGUCACCGGUAUCUUCGUGUUCGACUUCGCCAAGGAGCCGUCGGUUCACCAUGUGCCCUGGGAAGAGCCUGUGGCCUUCGAGCAAAGCUGGUGGUGGGCUUCGGCCGCUGUGGCACCCGCGACGCCGGUGGCAACUUUUGCCCAACUGCUGGCUGCUGCCGUCGCACUGCGCGUGUCGCACGUGGCCCAGCUCGCAGGUGCCAAAGACGCACCUCACCUGGGCCUCCUCUUCUCCGGGGGCUUGGACUCCACGGUCCUGGCAGCCUUGGCAGCCGAGGCGGUGCCGGGGUGUACGAUCGAGCUGCUCAAUGUAGCUUUCGACAGCUCAGCGCCAGACCGCCUCACGGCCCUUUGCAGCUACGAGGAUCUCGUGCGGCAGUACGGAGCUGAGCGCUUUCGGCUGGUGCUCUGCGACGUAACGCAGCAGGAGGUCUACGAGGAAGAGCUGGCGAUCUGUCGGCUUUUGGGUCCCAAGGCCACGCACCUGGACUUCAACAUCGCUGCAGCCCUUUGGUUUGCUGCCCGAGGCCGGGGGCUCGUCUGCCCCGCCUCCGUCCUCGAGGCCACCUGGUGGCCCUCUGCCAAGGCAACGCAGGCCAUGGAAGCCGUGCAGCUUGAGCCGCUGAAGCCCAUCGAACGAGGAGGCCCGGCGCCAGCUGCAGAGAGAUCGCCUUGCGUGCGCUGCGUCCUUCCGGCCAAGCCAGGUUGCCCCCACGGUGCCUGCAAGCUUUGCUGCCGAAAGCUGCGCCAGGCAGCUGGAGAGCCAAAGGACUGGUGCUCGGUGCACAAAGCGAAGGCUUCAGAACCAGGGCCAGAAGCGUCCGCCGCGGCUGGGAAAGAGGCUGAGGAGGAGGCCCCGGUGACCGCCUGCAUGAGUGCCCGACGCUGCGCUGGCGAGGAGGCUCUCGUGGUGCAAGCCGCCAGCCGUGUCCUCCUCAUCGGUACUGGUGCCGAUGAACUUCUGGGCGGCUACUCCCGACACCGCACGGCACGAGUGAAGCGCGGCGCCGAAGGGACCCGUGAAGAGAUGCUGAAGGACCUGCAGCGGCUGUGGACGCGCAACCUGGGCCGGGAUGAUCGCAUCAUUGCCGACCAUGGACGGGAAGCCAGACACCCCUUCCUGGACGAGCACCUGCUGCGUUUCGUCGGAAGCCUUCCCAUCGACCUCCUGGCAUACGGACCCGGAGGCCACAGUGCUCUUGACCUUGCAAACAUGAUCGCUCCGGCGGUGGCCUCCACCAAAGCCCAUGUUGUGCAGCAUGCGAGGUGGCAAUCCUCCGUGGAAGGCCAGUGCUUGGGCUGCCAGGGCUCGUCAAAGGGCAGCUCCUCAGCACUGGUGCUAGCGGCGUUUUGCGGGGGUGUUGGCAGCCAGAUGCGGCGCAAAGGUGCACGAUGCGUCGCACUGCGGGCCACGACAAAAAAAGCGCAAGAUCCAGUACCGGUGCCGAAGGCACCACCGGCCAGUGUGGCACGCGGCUGGCAAGAAAUCUGCGGGUGCCCAGUCUUCGUCCCAUCGGAACCGAGAAGGCAGGUGCACUUCAUUGGUGGCGCUUUCGUCGGUGCCUCCCCGAAGCUCUUUUACAAGGAUUUUUUGGAAAGUCUUGCAGAAGAAGGCGAGGCAGUUGUAGUUGCAACACCAUACAAACUGACGUUUGAUUACGACGCCAUGGCGACGGAUACUUCGAGCAAGUUCGAUCAGGUGGUGGCCCAGUUGGCAGAGGAGGAUCCCGCAAUGAAGGAUCUUCCAUCAGCAGCAAUUGGUCACUCGUGCGGGGCGCUGCUGCAUACAUUGCUGGCCGUCGCUCAUGGCCGGCACGAGGCCUGCAUCCUCAUGGCUUUCAACAACAAGCCCGUCUCAGAUGCUAUCCCUGUGCCCCUCCCCCCACCUCCCGAAGACCCCAAGCUCCGGGAGCGCCUCCGCAAUGGCGUCGAGGGAGCCCUCGCCGAUGCUCCGGUGGAGGAGGCGCUGGCUGCCGCGGAGCGGGCCAUCCGUGCCGCCGGCGCUGCAGCGCCGUCCGAGGAUUUCUCAUCGCGCACGGCGCCAGUGCUUUCGCAGUGGGGCCCACUGCUUGGGAGCGUGGUGGAGGGCCGGACGGAGUUCACUUUGUCAACAGAGGACAUCUCAGCGCGAGUCUUGUCGGAGUUUCCGUCUACACGCACCUUGGUGGUGCAAUUUGCGAACGACUUCACAGACGAGAGCGAUCGCCUGAUGGACUUGAUCCGCCAAGGCGGCGGUGAAGUCGAGAAGCUGCGCUUCCCCGGUGGCCACACCACUCCGCUGGAUGCGCCCCUGGGAAGUUCCCGGAUACAGCGGCUCUCUCAGUCCAUUGCAGCCUUUGUCCUGCAGCGUCCACUGCCGGGCCAAGACACUGCGCAGGAGGAGCUGAAGGACCGCUUCCUUCGACUCACGGCCGGCUGCAACCGGGGCUUCUCGGCGCUGCAGCCCGGGCAGCGGGCGGAGAUCAUGACCUGCAUCGAAGAGCUGGAGGCCUUGAAGCCGAGCUUCCGGAAGCCGGGCCCUUCUUACGAGAGGGGGUGGAACAGGGGCUCAGGCCCUGAAAAGCCUUCGGAAGAAGACGGCCUCGUCUCGGCGCUUUCUGGGAAGUGGCGCCUGAUUUGGGCCACGUCGCCGGACGUCCUUCUCCUCACCUCGCUGCCCCUGGCCGACUGCGGAGAGAUCCGGCAGGAUAUCCAGAGGAGCCCAGAGGAUCUUGGGGCUACGCUGAGUAUCACAAACUCUGUGGAGCUAUCUCCCAAGGGCAUCGGGGUGCUUGGAGUGGUGCUUCCAGAUCUGGCGAGGGCAGUCACCAUUCUCUCCAAGGUGCAGGCCACGGGCAAGCUGCUUCCGGACGACAGCGUUUCGAUCAGCUUUCAGAGUGCCUGCCUUGAACCAGCAGUACAGUCAGAGGGGAUGCCCUCCUUGCCGCUGCCACUGCCAUCGGUUGCCCUGACCUCCGGGGAAGGAGCGAGCGAGUCGGAUCCAUCACCAGACAAGUGGCUGCUGAGGGCGCUUGCUGCCGAACGGGGCUUGGAGACUUGUUCGCGCUUCAAGAAGCGAGCGAUCCAGUUUGGGAGCCGCAUCGCGAAGCAAUCCAACGUGCAGCACACCGGUAGUCACAGCCUCGGUCCGGACUUGUGUUUUUGUUAG